CUAUAAUUUCCUCGAAAUAUCGUACCCAGAAAAAAUCAAAACAUUUGUAACCGACACAAAUAAAACAGCUGGUCGAUUAUUGAGGACCCGGGUCGUCGUAAGAUUGCCUGGUGGCCUCUAGUUGCGGCUUAGUGGGAAUGAAAAGCUCCAGGCUUGGCGGCUCGAAAGCGAUUUGCGUAGUCGCAUGCCAUAAGGAUUGGAUUACAUGGGUGUCCGUAUGGUAGCGCGAAAUUGAGAUUGUGGAUGAAAGUUUUUCUUGGGUAAUUAGUUUAUUCAACUAUAUAAUAUAAUUGUAUGUGGUUCUGUAUCGUUCUAGCGAGAGAGAGAGUACGGGAGAGAGAUAUUUGGCAGGGUGUGUGAGGUGUCAAGCUUGUGCUAUUGAUAAUUAGUCGGCGUUUCUGGUCGGAUAUCGGGUAUUUCUUUUCGUCGUAGAGAGUUGAUAUAUAGGUUCUUCAAUCUUUUGAUCAACGGAAACGAAGACAGAGAAGUGAAAUCUCUUCUGGGUUGGCCGUAGAUCCCUGUGGUUGCUGGUUUUUCACUGGUAAUCUGAUUCCAUUUUGCAUGGCAAUUGGCAAUGUCAUUGUCUUAGCUAAUAAUAUUGGAGGGUUUUGAAGAUUAAUUAAGCUUGUGAAUGAUGGAGGGUCUUUGUGAAACAAAGUUGAGCAAUGGUGAAGCGGCCAAUCACAACCUUCAGAUUAUUAGGUACCAACCCUACAUGAAACUAUCAUCACCUUGGUUUGAUUUGAGAGUCUUCUAUGUGAGGAUCAGCCAUUUCCGUGUGGAUGAUUCAACCCCCGAGUUCCUCACUCUAAACCAUAUUCCUCUAAGCCCUGACACCCUUUUGGAAGUCAAUGGUGCUAGAAGUGGCAGUUACUCUGAUGGGGUCUCUUCCCUUCUUAGAAGGGAUCGUGCAGAUAAGAAAUCUGAAGAAGCCACGUUUGUCGGCACAGAUAGUAUAAGGUUGACAGGGAGUGUGAAGUUUGAGGUUUUCGACAAAGAAGAUCUCAUUCUCUCUGGGGUUUUGGAGAUGCUUAACAGCAAUGGAAUCAUCGAGGAAUCAAAAAACAACAAGACCAAGAGGUGGAACAUGAAUUGUGAAUCAUCGAUCACCGCUGGCACUGGAUUCUUAAAGGGAAAACAUCUUGGUGGGCCCGAAUUUCCCACACCAACAAUUGAGGUUUAUGUCGCAGGUUGUUUCUCUGGAACACCCAUCAUCUUAACCAAGACUUUACAGCUUGGUUUUCGGAAGAAGCACAACCGGAAGGGCAUGUUGGAUGCAAUUCCGGAGUAUGAGACAACUGAACCCCAGAAAGAUGUGUCUCCUGAAGAUCUACAGGUAGAAGAAUACAGAACCUACAAACCAGAAAAUGAAGACUAUUACAGUAAUAUGUACUUGAGGAGGAUGGAAUACAUAGAUGGUGAAGAUGGUGAAUUGUCCUGGUUCAAUGCUGGUGUGAGAGUUGGUGUUGGGAUUGGGCUUGGCAUUUGCGUUGGAAUCGGUAUAGGAGUCGGGUUGCUAGUCCGCACUUACCGAUCGACUACACGUAACUUCAAAAGGCGGCUCGUCUAAUCCCCUUCGUUAGAACUACCAUACAAUUGGUUCCCUCAAAUCCAAACAAGGCUAACUUCAUUGUUUUUCUCCAACGUUCAUGCUUGUUUGACAUGCAUUUUUCAUUGCAGGUUUUGACCAAGUAGUUCUCUAUGUACGUAACUAAGGCUCCUUUGCUCAUUUUGCGUGAUUUUGGCCCCCAUAAAAUUCUAUGAAAUGUUUGUUUAGAAGCGUAUGAAUUAUAGAUAACUAGUUCCUGAAAAAGGGUAGGGAUGAAUGAAAGUUAUGUGGUUCAUGAAGUUGUACAUGUUGAAGCUUUUGGUACUCGUAUUUUUCUGUAAAUAAAUUUGUCUUUGGGAAGUGAA